AUGCACUAUAACCAUGUGAGCAACCCACAGAAGAGAAGCCAAGAGCCUGUAUCAGCUUGGUCCCUUGAACAAAAUGUGCAGCAAAAAAUUAUCCAUGACUCAGAGCAAAUAUCAAAACCACAUGUAACAGUCAAAGAUGAGCCUGAAAAACUGCGACCGUUUGCUGUGUUAGAUAAGGAUUUUAACUAUACGGACCCAGAAUUUCUUGAUGGAUUUUCAAAAUAUGGAUUUAAUACCAUUAUCAGUAGAAGUGUGGGCUUUGAGAGAGAUGUACCAGAUACCAGGCAUAAAAUGUGUCUUCAAAAGCAUUACUCAGUCCAUCUGCCUACUGCCAGUGUCAUCAUCUGCUUCCAUAAUGAAGAAUUUAAUGCCUUGCUUCGGACAUUAUCCAGUGUUGUGAAUCUCACUCCACACAAUUUCCUUGAAGAAAUUAUUUUGGUAGAUGACAUGAGUGAAUUUGAUGAUUUGAAAGAAAAACUAGACUAUCACUUGGAAAUUUUUCGAGGAAAAGUUAAAUUAAUAAGAAACAAAGAGAGAGAGGGGCUGAUUCGAGCAAGGCUGAUUGGAGCAUCUCGUGCAUCAGGGGAUGUCCUGGUGUUCCUGGACAGCCACUGUGAGGUGAACAGAGGCUGGCUGGAGCCCUUGCUAUACGCCAUCACCAAGGACCCCAAAAUGGUGGUGUGCCCUCUGAUAGAUGUCAUUGAUGAGACAACCCUGGAAUAUAAGCCCUCUCCUGUUGUAAGGGGAGCCUUUGACUGGAAUCUACAAUUUAAAUGGGAUAAUGUUUUCUCUUAUGAGAUGGAUGGACCAGAUGGACCUAUUAAACCAAUCCGGUCACCUGUAAUGGCUGGAGGAAUUUUUGCUAUAUACAGGCAUUAUUUCAAUGAAAUUGGACAGUACGACAAGGGCAUGGAUCUUUGGGGAGGAGAAAAUUUGGAACUUUCACUAAGGAUCUGGAUGUGUGGUGGCCAGCUCUUUACAAUCCCCUGCUCUCGAGUAGGACAUAUCAGUAAGAAAGACUCCAAAAACCAUGAAAUCUCGAAAGCGGUGACACGUAACUAUCUAAGACUGGUGCAUGUUUGGCUGGAUGAGUACAAGGAGCAGUUUUUUCUUCGAAGACCAAGUCUAAAAUUCACUACCUAUGGAAACAUUAGCGAGCGUGUUGAACUAAGGAAACGAUUGGGUUGCAAGUCAUUUCAGUGGUAUUUGGAUACUGUCUUCCCAGAGUUGGAGGUAUCUGUGGAUAGCUGAUGAAAGGAAAACAAAUCCUUUUCAUUAAUAGAGGGUUAA